AAAAAGUCGAGGACGAAACUUUAACGUGAUGAAGACCAUGCUGGAUGCGCUGGACUUCGGUUAAGUUCCAAAAGUCGUUGUCAGUUAGAAUGUGGUCAGAGAACGGGUAUCAACUGUUAUUUAAAUUCGGUUGUUACUCUUAAUAUUGGUUAUGGUAAAUUUUAAGAGAAGGAACUGCAAGACCUAUCAAAGUGAAUGGUUUUGAGAGUUAUUCGUAUAAAGUUUGACCAGUGAAGCUUAGGACGAAGAAGAAAAGCACUCUCUUCGGCUACAGGAGGUAUGUUUGGUACACUUUCACUUUUCUACAUUGGUGCUAUCAUCCUUAGAACAAAUGGAUGUUUUGCUGCUGAAGAUACUUCCCGCUAUCUACCACAUUUGGAGGAUUGUUCAAAAUUUUACAGGGAGUUCCAGGGAGUUCGACAUGAACUUCAGUGUCCCUUUCCGAAACUAUUUAAUGCUCAGUUAAAAGUUUGCGAUACUCCGGAAAAAUCCGGAUGCGUAAGACUUCCAAAUGGUUCCGAUGUGAAAGCGCCCACAGUUGCUCCACAACCAUCCCAAAGUGUGGUCAUACCCAACAAUUCAGAUGUAUCACAACAUGCACAAUCUUUAGAGUCUGGGAUAUCUCACGUUCUUCCAGACAGUCAAGCAACUUCAACUCCAUCUUCACAAUUAACAGAUGGCAUGCCAUCGUUUUCAUCCUCUUCUGAUAGUAGCUACUCCUCCGUAGUAGACACUAUCGAAGCGCCCAAGAAUUUUAGCAUGUCAGAACCCACCAUGCAAACAAACCUUACACAAAACGUGAACGCUUUGGAGGAUGGUAUAUCCCAUGCGAUGGAUUCUUUCGAUAUUCCAAAGCCAUCACAGCCUGAUACGUCCACAGACGAAAACAUGAAUAUCUCCAGCAACCUUCCAUAUACCGGAUACAUGCCAUACUCUCAUGAAGACACGGACACCUCCGACGAUAUAUACGAUAAUCCGUCAAAUCCGCAGUCACAAACUUUAUCGGAAGAUUUAGACUCUUUAGAAUCAGGUUUGUCUCAUGGUUUAGGUACGUUUGAGUUUCCCAUGGGAAGACCGCAUCCAUUGGACAGCGAAAUUGGAUCUAGUGGGUACUCCAACGGAAUCCCAGAUUUUCCUCCACCGUCAUCAAGGGAGUCAAUAGAAGAAAUUGGAAAGCAUGAAUUUCCCCAUAAUUCAGAAAGAAGUUUAGAAUCACUUGAAUCAAAACUAUCGCACACCCUUUCAUCAUUUCACUUUCCCGAAUCGGGUGAUGAUUCAGAGUCUAUUGAAAGUCCUAAUCCAAGUGAUGAUUCGGUACCAGACGGUGGAUACUCUCCAGGUCAAAGUUCCGAAUCAGUCGAGUACCCAGGUGACACUGACGCAAAUAUAAAUGGAAGUCCCGAGUCACACUCAAAUUUAGAUUCCAUAGAGCAUUCUUUGAGUCAUGGCCUAGGAUCCCUUCACUUUCCAAAUGGUUUACAGCCAACAGCUGAUCCAGAUGAAACAGGAAUGUUCGGCAGUUCUGAAGAAAAUCAGCAAGAAAGUCAAACUUCCUUCGAAUGUCCCCCAUCAUCCCAAGAAGAAGCUAUUAAUAUGGUGUACCCUGGUAACUGCUACAAAUUUUACAAAUGUUUCAACGGUGUUCCAGAGGUCUACGACUGCCCAGCACCUCUACAAUUUAAUCCCGUCGUCGGUAUUUGCGACGAACCAGAAAACGUCGGUUGCUCAUCUCAGAACGUCUACAGUAACCAUCAAAGUACUCCCUCGGCACCUGAGUUUGGUUGGAAUACAAACGGAGACGGAGCUUGGAAUUUACCUAACAAUCCGAAUUGGAAUGUGCCUGGUACUCAACAUCCUAAUCAUCAUACCAGCAAUGAAUAUAGUCAACACGAAGGCGGUGGAAUCGGUGGCAUUGAAAAUGGAGACAAUGUACAAAGUACUUCAUUGGAGGCUGGCGAUCCGCACAAUGUGAGCGAAGAUGAAAGUAGUGAUAGUGACAAUUCUGAUGACAAUUCUUCUUCGCAGGAGAACAAAAGCUCGAUGCAAGAUGAUUAUCAAGAUAGCUUCAGUUCAGAAAGUAAAGACUCUGGUUCAACUUCAGAAGAAAACACCACUUCUGGUGCUUCCAAAGGUAAUAAAAAGCGUUCUUUUGCGCUGUUAUCGAAAAUAGAGAAAGGAAUACCAUUUCUAAAUUCCGGCUGGAGUGAUUCAGGCAAUUCUGAUGGUAGUUCAGAUGGAUCAUUUGGUUCAGGUGAAUACGACGGCGACUUUUUCUUCAACGCAGAUGCGUCGUCGUCCUUUAUAGAUGGGUGGCGCCAUAUUCUCUUACCUGUUUCAAAAGACUGGAAUAACAGCAUUCAACAGCUUUCAAAUGCCCUUCAAAGUAUUCCUUUCCUUCCCCACAAACAUUUAAAACAGAGCAGCGAAAAAACAAGUUAAAUAAAUAAUACAAGUCAUUGUAUAAACUUUAUUUUUAUAUUAUUUAAUAGGUGUAUAGUUUUGUUAGUUUGAAUGUUUAUUUAAAAAAAUAUGGAGAUGUUUAUUUUUCGCUUUUGUAAAAUGCUUAUAUUAAAAUAAAUUAUUGGAGAAAUUAACGAAUUUUGAUAUAUCACAUCAACUUGUUAAAACG